UCGGCUGGGCGGUGGGAGGAGGUGGUGGACGGUGUUUAAGGAGGAUAAACUGUGAUUGAAGCCGCAGGGGGUGGGGGGGAACUCGGUCUGCCGCUGCUGCUCCAACCCCAGACAGUAUCAACAUGGAGCUGGAGAACAUCGUAGCCAACACGGUGCUGCUGAAAGCUCGGGAAGGAGGUGGUGGGAACAGGAAAGGAAAAAGUAAGAAAUGGAAGCAGCUGCUGCAGUUCCCCCACAUCAGUUUGUGUGAAGAGCUGCGACAAACCACAGAGAAAGACUACAGCAGCCUGUGUGAGCGGCAGCCAAUCGGACGAUUACUCUUCAGAGAAUUCUGUGAGACGCGACCUGAACUGAGACGCUGCGUCAAGUUCCUGGACGCUGUGGCGGAGUACGAGGUGACUCCAGACGAGAAGAGGAGGGAGUGCGGUCAGGAACUCAUCGACAAGUACCUAAACCCAAAGUCUGAGGACCAUGUGCCUGAGGUGGAGGAGGCCAUGUUGGCUCAGUGCAGCGAGAGGCUGCAGCACGAGGCCUGCAAGGAGCUCUUCAGUGACUGUACCAAAUUGAUCCACGACUUCCUGAGCGUGGCGCCGUUUGCAGACUACCUCGACAGCAUGUACUACAACAGGUUCCUCCAGUGGAAGUGGCUAGAGAGGCAGCCAGUGACUAAAAACACAUUCCGACAGUACCGAGUUUUAGGGAAGGGAGGCUUCGGAGAGGUGUGUGCGUGUCAGGUACGGGCCACAGGAAAGAUGUACGCCUGUAAGAAACUGGAGAAGAAGAGGAUAAAGAAGAGGAAAGGAGAGUCCAUGGCUCUCAAUGAGAAGCAGAUCCUGGAGAAAGUCAACAGCAGAUUUGUUGUGAGUUUAGCAUACGCCUACGAGACGAAGGACGCUCUGUGUCUGGUGCUGACGUUAAUGAACGGAGGAGACCUGAAGUUUCACAUCUAUCACAUGGGCGAGGCGGGCUUCGACGAGAAGAGAGCCGUGUUCUACUCUGCAGAGAUCUGCUGUGGGCUGGAGGACCUGCACAGAGAACGCAUCGUCUACAGGGACCUGAAACCAGAAAACAUCCUGCUGGACGACCAUGGCCACAUCAGGAUAUCCGACCUGGGUUUAGCCGUUCAUGUUCCAGAGGGACAGACCAUCAAAGGACGGGUGGGGACGGUGGGAUACAUGGCUCCAGAGGUGGUGAAGAACGAGCGGUACAUGUUCAGCCCGGACUGGUGGGCUCUGGGCUGCCUGAUGUACGAGAUGAUCGAGGGUCAGUCCCCCUUUCAGCAGAGGAAGAAGAAGAUCAAGAGAGAGGAAGUGGAGCGGCUUGUGAAGGAGGUGGAGGAGGAAUAUUCCAGUAAAUUCUCAGAGGACGCCAAGUCCAUCUGUAAAAUGCUCCUGGCCAAAGACCCGUCAGAGCGGCUCGGCUGUCAGGGAGACGGAGCCUCGGAGGUCAAAGCCCAUCCCAUCUUCAGAUCCAUCAACUUCAAACGGCUGGAAGCCGGCAUGCUGCAGGCGCCGUUCAUCCCUGAUCCACAAGCCAUCUACUGUAAAGACGUGCUGGAUAUUGAGCAGUUCUCCACGGUGAAAGGAGUCGAGCUGGAGCCGAAAGACGAGUCCUUCUACAGCAAAGUGUCCACAGGCAGCGUCUCCAUCCCCUGGCAGAACGAGAUGAUCGAGACAGAGUGUUUUGAGGAGUUGAAUGUUUUCCACCAGGACGGGACGGUUCCUCCUGACCUAGACUGGAGAGGACAGCCGUCUCCUCCACCCAAACAAGGACUCCUGCAGCGGCUGUUUGGCAGACAGGACUGCUGUGGUAACUGCAGCGACAGUGAUGAUGAGCCCACCAGGCUGUGACACGCAGGAUCUGAUUUGUUUACAACUUUUGCACAUUUGUAUUUUAAAGAUAGUCUUAUCUCUAAAUGUCAGAAUGUAUAUUUUCAGCAUAGCCAUAAAAAUGUUUCAUGUUAUUUAAAAACUGUGUGAAAUAUAAAAGCAGGAGACCGGAGCUCACAAGACCAACAGUUAGUUUUAGAUUUUUAUUUGGACUCGUCCAGGGAAAUAGUUGUUUUUGCUUUGACAUUCAUGCUCUCACACUCGUCCGUGUCGGUGAUGUGGAACAAUCGCCUGCUGAAGUGCCUUGCUGGAGGGCACUAUGGCAGUGGUUACUAAAGGGAGAACCAAGCAUUCCUCUUUAGCUCUUUACUUUGUCCAGGGAAUCAAACCAUGAACUGUGACCACUUCUCUUCCUCCGCCCUCCAUCCUGCUGUGACAAACCUCAGCCCCUCUUUCUUCUAUUUAAGUCUUUUAAUAAAAGUGUGAUUUUUA